AUGCGAAAACUACAGGUCGACUCCGCGUCUAGGGCGACAGCGCUUAUGUGGACCGAGGAGACGGGGGAGGAUAGGACCUCUGUGACCAGAGGCGACGUAGUGGAACAAUUCGAUGUGGUUUCUAGAAAACCGGCAAUCGUGAUAAGGACAAUGCUUCGUUUCAACAUAACGCAUGGCGAUCUGCUCGCCGAGUUCCUCCCUGUCGGCACCGAUGUCGUAGUGACGAACUUUCCAAAGGCUUGCGUCCUGCAGCUUGAGGGGUCGCUCCUCGUCCAGACGACCGAGGCUAAGCUGAAGCAAGUCGAUAAGCUGGACGCUUCUACAGAAGGCGGUAAACGCGAUAAUAUCGCCGCCUAUGUCAUCGAAGGACUGGUUGAGAGCCGGCACAUCGCCUGCUUCACCGUCAAAGCCGAAAUGUAG